AUGCGCUCUCACGGCCGGAAUAAGCGUUCCAGAGGCAACAAGGACCCGGAUGGCGACGUAUACAUGAAUAUCCAAGAAGACGACAUGCAUUCCGACGCCUACUCACGAUCUCGUACGUCCCUACACCCUUCCGAAAGCUAUAGAACAGCGACAGCCUCCAACCGCACGCACUACACGUCGGAAAGAGACAUCUCUUCUCGCAGUCGUCGAGACGAAGACUGGCGCCAUGCAGAAGUGGAACGUGAACGGUAUUCAUACGAUCCAUAUACCCGUGGGGACAGGGCAGAGUAUGAUGAUAGUGGGCCAAGGAGUUCUGCAGGCUGGGGGACCGUCGACUCAGCACAUUAUAUUCAACCACAAACCGACUGGGAUCCACGCUACGAACUGUCUUCGUCAUAUUCAGAAAGCUCCGCUUGGGGUUCCACGUAUGAAGGCAAUCGACAACCGUAUGUUGAACACUGGCCAUCAAGAGACACCGGGGAAAUGCCACCGGACGACUGGGGCACCGAAAUUGCUAGAACAGAUCAGCGUCAUGACCGUCAACACCAGGAUUGGCGCCCUGAAGGUCGCCGGGACAAAAAUUCUGCCCAUAGGUUCCAGAGUGACUCCGGCUGGGACUCACGACGCCGGGACAAGGGAUGGUCGCGGGAGGGCAAUUUUCAGAGAGAUGAACAGCAUACAGAUCAGCAAUACCAAGCAGUUGAGGAUAGGUCAUGGGAGCCCGCAGCCUCAUGGAAGUCAUCGAACCGUGGCGACCACCAACGAGGGGGCCAAAACGGUCAGCGACACAACCAACAGCGUUCAAAAAAAGGGAAUAACAACAACAGGCAACGACGGGAAUGGCGAACAGAUGACAGUGACCUGAAUAACUGGACACGAAGGGAUGCCACGACAGCGGCUAAGAGCACCACCAAUCAAUACGCCUCAAGACGAAAGCAUCCUCGCUCGCCUUCCCGCUCUCGUUCUCGUAGUCGGUCGCCUGCGGAGUCAUAUCGAUCGCAUCGCUCCUCUCGUGGUCGGUCCCGGUCUCCCUCAUUUUCACCAGCAAGCAAGCGUAGGCGGACAGACUCGAGUCCCAUUACUCUGCGAAGCAGGUCUCCCAGCGAAAGGAGUAUUAAGAGGUCGCGGAACAAGAGCAAGAGAUACUACUCCAAAUCCCCCAGCCCUGGCCGCACUCCUUCCCGUCGAAGCAGUAUUUCUGCAGCCUCGAGUUCGGGUUCCGAACGAAGUCUCAGUCGAAGCCCGGUCAACCGCACACGAGCGCCCCAUCGUCUGCCUUCCGCGAACCCACGAAAUGCCAACAUGUCCAAGACAAAAAAGUCGAAUAACGGUGUCACGCCUCGAAAAUCUUCCGACUCGCGAAAUGGCAAGUCUCGGGCGCAAAAGCAUCGUAAAGCAUGGGACACGCAACAGGCUCCAGAGCCUGAGGACGACUACCUCGAGCGGGCGGAACAUCCUGUUGAACCUCCGUCUUCUUCGAUCUCCCAUUUGACCUCCCAUAAUGGAUAUGAUUCACAUCCAAUAUCGAUCUCGAUGCCGCCACCACCUGUUCCAACACAUUCCGUACGGGGACACUACGAGCGUGUAGAGUAUCCGUCGCCCGUACAGGUAUUUUCGAAGGAAUCAAAGAUCGACAUUCAGGCUGCUAAGUCCACACGAUUGACAAAAAAUGCCGGUUUCAAACCUAUAACGAAGACGAGUUCGGCUUUGAAAAGAUUCUUUCCUGGCGACGAGGAAGACACAGAUGUUGUCCAGCAGUCGUCGACAUUUUCUGAGCUGGUCCACCAGUCCGACGGACCUCUCCCUUUGCCUCGCGUUCCACUCAGCUCACAGGGCAAGUACACGGAAACGGCAGGAGAUGCACAGGGCCGAUCCGGCUCACAAGAGCCAAUGCCCAGACAAUCCCCCAUGCUACUCGAUCCGCCGCCUCCUUUAUCAUGUCUCUCGCCAACUUCCAAUCCGAACCAACAUGCACCCUUGUCAAACGAUCAUCAGCCAUCCUCUCUGGUAGCAGUGCCGGAUGAACACGAGCAUCCGACGUCCCAUUCCGAUGUACAGGAACCUUCUUCGGAGAGACGUGUGACGCCACCCGUUAACCAAGAAGACACAGCACCUGCGUCAUCAUCGAACAAGGAUCUCUACAAGAUCGUGAGCCAGGUUGGAGAAGGCACAUUUGGGAAAGUCUACAAGGCGCGGAAUACUGUUACGGGCACAUAUUUUGCUCUUAAACGGAUUCGUAUGGAGUCUGAACGUGACGGCUUUCCCGUUACCGCUAUGCGAGAAAUCAAGCUUCUGCAGUCUUUGAGACACAUGAAUGUCGUCAGGCUGUAUGAAAUGAUGGUUUCUAAUGGUUCCGUCUACAUGGUGUUUGAGUACAUGGACCACGACCUGACUGGCGUCCUCUCCCAGACGCAAUUUACGUUUUCAGACGCAAAUCUGAAAUCCCUCUGUCAUCAAAUGCUUGCCGGGCUGGCGUAUCUGCAUCACAAAGGAGUCAUUCAUCGCGAUAUUAAAGGUUCGAACAUCCUGAUCAACAACCAAGGCGAGCUCAAGCUUGCGGACUUCGGCCUUGCACGGUUUUAUCAGAAGCGUAGACGAAGUGAUUAUACCAAUCGGGUGAUAACUUUGUGGUACCGGCCUCCUGAGCUGCUCUUUGGUGCCACUGUGUAUGGUCCUGAGGUUGAUAUGUGGAGCGCAGGGUGCAUUAUGCUUGAGCUAUUCACGAAAAAACCUGUGUUCCAAGGGGUUGACGAAAUCCAUCAAGUUGAAGUCAUUUUCAAGCUUCUGGGCAGUCCAACUCCUCGUCGAUGGCCAGAUGUCAUGAAUCUCCCUUGGUUUGAACUGGUUAAGCCCCAGCAAGUUUUGCCAAACCGGUUUCGAGAAGCCUUUCAGAAAUGGUUGUCUCCUGCUGCCCUUGAUCUGGCCGAACAGCUCCUCAAUUAUAAUCCCGCAGAACGUAUCACUGCUCUGCAGGCCAUGGAAGCCCCGUACUUCCUUCAGGAGGCCCCUCCCGCUUCAUUACCUGUGGGCCUCGUCGACCUUGAAGGAGAGUGGCAUGAAUUGGAGACAAAACGGGAACGCGCGAAGAGGAAAGAGCGGAAAGUUUGA